CACUUGAUGAGUUUGAUAUUCCAACAACAACAAAAUUAGCAGUAGCAACAAGUGGUAGUAGUGGAAGAAAACAUGCCUAAUUUGACUUCAGCUUCAAACGAAGGUAAUAACAGUGUUUCCUCAGGUAUAAGAACUGAAAUUGGAACCAUCAUGACUCCACCACCAACAUCAUCUGACACUUUUUACACAGCCACCAUCAAAGAAAAAGAGAAACCUUCCCGGCAACCCAGAUAAGGCCCCUUUCUAAUAUUGUCAAUCUUCAUUCACGUUUUUGUCAUUUUGACAUCAACCUCAUCUUAUAUUAAAAAGGUGGUUAAAUUUAACUUAAGCAAGUAUGAUUUGGUGUUGGUUUUCACUAAAAUCAAGGUGCUUGUUAUGAAGCCCGAUGCUCUUCAGGCUGGGGUAAGCGCUAGUGAUGCUGCAAGGACAUUUGGAGUUGUUCCAUCAAUGGUGAAGGAGCAUCUUCUGUCUGCUGAGAGAAAGGGUUUGCUAUGCAGAGAUAUAAGUUCAGAUGGAUUUUGUUUCUAUAUUAACCUGACUUCAAAGAUUGUUGAGCAAGCAAAAAGACGUGCUGAGGUUGCAAGGAAAGACCCAUCCUUUAAACCACAAGGUGGCCAAUAAGGGGAAAAUGAUAUGGAUUAUGAAAUUGAUGAGAAGUCAAUGGCAACACUUAGACAUCAUCUUCGGAGAGCUACUAAGGAGUACUACAGAUAUAAAAGGCAAGCAAUUAUCAGUUUAGUAUUUUAAGUGUGUUUAUUUGAAAAAUUGCUCUUGAAUCCUUUACAUGCUUUGUAUAUAUUCUUCCGAGGAGGAUAAGCUGGUA